AUGCUGUGCAUUGCCCCAUUACGAAUCGCUCAUCAAGGAGCCUUUAUGAGAGCACCUGCCAUCUCGCGUACAUCCACCUACACUACUCAAAACACGCCUCCAUCUAACGGCAGCGAGUCGCUUGUACCAACAUGGGACGACUACUUCAAAUUGCGAGCCAAGCGACGUAAAUACGAGAUAGCCUCUUAUCUUCCAUGCACCUUGGUUCCAGUGGCAGGCACAGGAUCGUACUUCAUGACCAUGCAGAUAGACCCGUUGUCAACAAUUAUGGGCAUGGAUCCUAUCAUGGCAGCUUGUUUGGCUACUGUAGGCGCUGGAUUUUGUGGUUAUUUGGCUGGACCUGUGUUUGGUGAUGCUCUCUUCAAGGUGAUGAACCAAAAGUAUGUGCGUGCCAUGGAUACCCGUGACAAGGAUUUCUAUGAUCAUAUCAAGCGCAACAGAUCCAGUGCACGUCUCAAUUCAAUUCGCAAUCCUGUGCCUGACUAUUAUGGUGAAAAGAUCAACUCGGUAUCGGAUUACAGAUCGUGGUUGAGGAAGCAGCGCGAACAUUACAGAAAGGGUGUCUUUGGAGGCAACAUGGAAGAGACCCAAUAG